AUGGACCGCCUUGUUGGAGGUGCCCACGCUGAGGGCAAGGACACCGUCAAGGUGCAUCCUAGCGAUGCCAGCUCGGGGCCCGACACAGAGAAUGGCCAACUCGAAAUCGCCCGCGAAAACAAACGCCAGAUAGGCAUUCCCUCGGCCUCCAUGCUCAUCUUCAACCGCAUCAUCGGUACCGGCAUCUUCGCCACGCCGGCAACCAUUCUCGCCCAGUGUGGCUCCCCGGGCCUGUCGCUCAUGAUCUGGCUUGUGGGCAUGCUCAUCGCCGCCGCCGGAACAGCAGUCUACAUGGAGUUUGGCACGGGACUGCCCCGCAACGGCGGUGAGAAGAAUUACCUUGAAUUCGUGUACCGCAAGCCCAAGUUCCUCACCACGUCUCUGUACACUGGCUAUGUGAUCCUCCUCGGGUGGGCGGCGGGCAACUCCGUCAUCUUUGGCGAGUACAUCCUGCACGCCGCGCAGGUCGAUGUGACGCGGUGGAACCAGCGAGGCAUCGCGCUGGCAUGUCUGACGGCCGCCUUCUUGAUCCACGGCACGGCGUUGAAAUGGGGAAUCCGACUGCAGAAUUUCUUGGGUAUUUUGAAGAUCCUCGUCAUCGUCAUCAUCGUCAUAUCCCCGCUGGUCAAUCUCAAAAAGGUGAGGGAGAACAACACUUUCUCCAAGCCGUUCGAGGGCACGACCGGCAGUGCGUACGGCGUCGUCACGGCGCUGUACAACGUCAUUUGGAGCUUUGUCGGCUACAGCAACGCCAACUACGCCCUCAGCGAGACCAAGAACCCGGCCAGGACGCUCAAGUUCGCCGCCCCGCUGGCCCUCGGCACCAUUUCCGUCCUGUACAUGCUCGCAAACGUGGCCUACUUUGCGGCCGUGUCGAAAGAGGAGAUGCUGGAAUCGAAGCGCCUGGUGGCGGCCUCGCUCUUCCGCAACAUGUUUGGAGAGUCUGCCGAGCGGGCCCUGUCUGUCUUUGUUGCACUGUCUGCGUUUGGCAACGUCCUGAGCGUCAUCUUCUCCCAGGGUCGGCUGGUCCAGGAACUCGGGCGCGAGGGUGUCCUUCCCUUCUCGCGCUUCUGGGCGAGCAACCGCCCCUUCAACGCCCCUCUCGCCGGCCUCUUUGAGCACUGGCUCGUCACGGCGAUUACGAUUCUGGCCCCCCCAUCUGGCGACGCGUACAACUUUGUGCUCAACCUCAUUUCGUACCCGCUGGCCAUCAUCAACACGUUUGUCGCGGGCGGGCUGAUUCACCUGUACCGCAACCGGGCGGCGAGAAACUGGAAUCCUCCCCUCAAGGCAACCCUCCCCGUGGUCAUCUUUUUCCUCCUCAGCAACAUAUACUUGGUCGUGGCUCCGUUUGUGCCCCCCGAGGAUGGGCAGAGUGUGUACGAGAGCCUGCCGUACUGGAUCCACUGCGUUGUCGGAUUUGGUGUGAUUCUGGCUGGAGGCUUGUACUGGUUAAUCUGGGCUGUCAUCCUCCCCAAGAUCGGCAGGUACGAGCUUGUGCGGGAGACGGUCGUUGAUGACAUUGAUGGAUGGGAAAAGAGUUAUUUCUUUACCCGGCCGUUGGGAGAGCGGACCAAGGAUACCCAGGAUCCUAAUGGUUCUCAAUGA